UCUAACAGGCAGACAUUGCAUGCAUGAAACCGAGGCUGAUAACUCAAUAUUAUACCAGCUCCUGCACAGUAUUUAUUUGACGAUCUGAAGAGAAGAACGUUUCAACAGGGCUAGCUGUAAACAGGAUGUCCAAGGUUGCAGCCAGUCCAGUAACAUACAAGAGCAUGGGAAUGCAUGGAAGGAGUGACAUGGAGAACAUACUGAGAGCAAAUACUAUCAUCAUCCCGAGAAGCAAUAACGCCGAAAGUCUAGAAGACGAAUUCUUCCAAAAUGUGAUGCGAUACAGAGCGAAGGGAUCGAAGUUAAAAAAGGAUUUCCCCCACCUCGUCAUAUAUCAAGUUUCAUCUCGCAUUAAAGAUGAAGAGGAACUCAUUGUUGACACAUUACGGGGUUUGCCUUCAUCAAUUCUUAUCAUUGCGUCAGUCGGAAAAGAUUCUGAAGUAGGCAUCGACCUUCCAAGCGACUUGGAAUCUACCGUCAAACAAACAUUAAGGCUGUUUAUCAAAAAUGGACACAUUCUCCCCAAUGAUAUGGACAAUGAGUAUAUGUUUCACCGCGUGUUGUUGCAUUGCUGUCAUCAGGAGCCUGACUGGCGGGAGUAUUUGAAAGAACACUGGAAGAAAAUCGCCCUUGUUUGCAGUGUUGUGUGUUUGAUAAUUGUAGUGGUGUCACUUAAUGUACGCUUUGCUUAAAUAUGGUUGUUUUGGAACCUCCAUUUCACAUUCUGAAGUGAGGGGGCUGGUAUGUCUAGAUCAUUUCGUUCCAGCUUAAAGCACUGUCAUCAUAGGAGCUGGACAUGCCGUAUGUCCUGUCCCCUCCAGGAAUAUUCAACUGUAUAUUCCUGAAUUUAUAUCCUUUAAAUUCCUUUAAAAAUCGCAUCCCAAAGAUAACCCUGGAAACUAUGUAUAUGGUGUUUAUCCUAACUAUUCCAAUAUUGUAGUUAUAUUUGUAUAACUGUACAAAACAACAAUGUGUCAUCCUGGAAUGGAGUAUAUGGUGCAGUUCCUGGAACACGUUAUGAUAGAAUUUCCUAUGAACUAAUCCAACUUCCUCGAGUGAAAGAAGAAAUCGCUUUACAUUGCCAACCUCCAAAAUGUUGAACCCUAUCUUACCUGAUUAUUUAUGCAAACGUUUAUCGCCAACAGUUGCAGAACCAAAUCGUUAUACAUUGCGGGAUAAUAUCAUUUGUUUUUACCGUAAACUUUGGCUUGAAAACCCCCCAUUAGAAUUCACUGUGAUGCGGAAAGUUAAGUGCGCAGUUCAAUCAACUGACCGUAAAAUAUGAUCGUGUUAACAGUGAACCGCAUAGUGGUUUUGAUAAGAGUGGGUCAGUGGGUGAGUCGGGAAUCGAACCCUUGUCUUCGGCGUGACGAGCGAACGCUUUAACAACUAGGCUGCCCGACCGCUCCGUUUUGAUAAAAAGGUUAAAGACUUCAUUGUGAAACAUGAUUACGAACAUUGUAAGUGUUGUAAAACUACAGAUUUGUUAUCUGAAACUGGUUAUGAAAUAGGAGCUGCUAUUAAAGGAUUGAAAUCUCACAAAGCUCACGGUAUAAACGGUUUUCCUCCUAAUUGUUUAAAAAUAAAUGCCAUGUACAUUUGUGCUUUA